AUGCAAAGUCACGGUGAAAGGUCCGUUGUCAUUUACUACAGACGCACCAGCGACUCUGCCGAGAACCUCAUGAGGAAUGCUACCGAUGGCCUGCUGGUGGACAUUCCCCUCGCGGUGAGUGAGGGUCUGCGGGCGGUACUGAACCUGCACGGUGAGCCGGUGCGCAAGCAUGACGCCGUCAAGAGGUUCCGCAGCGGCGUCUCCGUGGCGGGCAAGACGUUUUGCCAGGACAUGAAGGGCGGCCUGACGGAGAUUUUCAUCCACACAUAUACUGGCAAGAAGGAACAGGGUGCCCCGGGCGCCGCCAAGGGGUUCGGUAUGGACGUGGUUAGCCUGGUGACCAAAAGCACGGCGUCGACGUUUGGUCUCGUGAGUUAUCCGGCGCAGGGCAUCUACCGGAGCAUCUGGACUGCGUCCUAUGCGGAUACGAGAAGUAGCAUUGAGGAUCAGAAGCAUGGUCUCCAUGAGCCCGAGCUGGAAGAUGGAUCACGCGGCUAUUGA